UUUCCUUCUCCACACUGCUCCCUGCCCGUUGUCUCAGGGCAAAAAGCCAGCAUGGCAAAGCCCCUGAGAGACCAUCUGUUCGACACCAUUAGAGAGCUGGGCGAGUCGGACUUGAAGACAUUUAAAGACAAGCUGAACAAUUUCCAGCCCAAGCCAGGUUAUAACCGUAUCAAAUGGGGAGAGCUGGAAAAAGCAGAUGCUGUAGAAAUCACUCGCCUGCUAGUCAGCUACUACAAGGAGGAUUACGCAGUGGAUGUGGCCGGGAAGGUGCUGGAGGACAUGGACAAGAAGAACCUGGCACACAACCUGCUCCAGGCCACAGGGAAGGGUGGCACCCAGCAGAUGCCAGCACCGACCAGCAGCACCCGGACCAGAGUCACAGAGACUGUCCGGUUUGGCCAAUGGAAGAUCACCAAUGGACUUCCUGGUGAUCUUCCAGAAAACACCAUCCUGGUCACUGUGGAUGUAGAAGCCCUCUACACCAACAUUCCACAGAAAGAUGGGCUACAAGCCAUCAGGAACAGUAUCCCCGAUAAUGUCACGGCAAACCUGGUGGCUGAACUUUGUGACUUUGUCCUCAACCACAACUAUUUCACAUUUGGGGACAAUGUAUACCUUCAAGUCAGCGACACUGCUAUGGGUACCCACAUGACCCCACAGCAUGCCAUCAUUUUUAUGGCUGACUUAGAACAACGCUUCCUUAGCUCUCGUCCCCUAAUGCCCCUACUCUACUUGCGCUACAUUGAUAACAUAUUCAUCAUCUGGACCCAUGGAAAAGAAGCCCUGGAGGAAUUCCACCAUGAUUUCAACAAUUUCCAUCCCACCAUCAACCUCAGCCUGGACCAGUCCACACAAGAGAUCCACUUCCUGGAUACUACAGUGCUAAUAAGCAAUGGUCACGUAAACACCACCCUAUACCGAAAACCUAUUGACUGCUAUACUUACCUACAUGCCUCCAGCGUUCAUCCAAACCAAACCACAUGAUCCGAGACUGACCUACGAUAACAUCAAGUUCUAUGCUGAAGCCUUCGCAGCUGACGGGACCCAGUGAAAGAGAUGGCUAACACUAAUUAGCCCUAGCUCUCAAUGGCCAAGGAAACCUGAAGCUUUUUCAGAGUCAUACCAGCUGGCCAGGAUAUUGGAUUCUGUAUUUUUGGUCAAUAAAACAAUUGCCUGUUUUUCAUAAAGAGAACUCGUCCAUCA